AUGCGGGAUCGAAAACGAUUUUUCCUCGUUCUUCUCGCCAUUUUCUCGUCGAUUGCGGUUGAGGCGUCGAAACGAACGCGACGACAACAAACGGGAUGCGGGUGUUCAGCUUUUUGCAAUUGUCAACCCUCAUACCCGUCGACAUCGAUCUCAUUCUCGAUUCCAAUUAUGACACCGACAUGUCAAUGUCAACAAGCGCCACAAUGCCAACAACAAUGCUCGGUGACACAAAUGAAUCGCGACUGCUCAUCGACGUGUCAACGAGCUUGUGUGCCGGCGUGUAAUCGAUACUCGACCACUCCGGGAAUCUGCUCCACGCAAUGCAACAAUAUUUGCUCUGGCACUUGCUCAUCAGCUCGACAAACAGCCGCCACCGCAGCUCCUCCCGUUCAAUUCAUUCCAAAUCCAAGUGUCUCGAAUGGUUGUCAGUAUGGAUGUCAAAGCAAGUGUCAGUCGGCUUGCGAAUCGAAAUCCCAGCCGGCUCCUCUUUGCCAGCGCACGUGUUCAAACGCUUGCUCGUUCUCGUGUUCACAACAAGCGAUUGCCGCCUCGAUGGCUCCAAUCACAACCACAAGCGCUCCAUUAACAACACCGUCAACGAUACAGAUCGCUCUCGACAUCCGCGAUCCCUACUAUGGAACAAAUUGUCAAGAGCGUUGCGAUCAGAAUUGUCUCUCGAUGUGCGUCUCGUUGGGAAAUCGGGGAGCUGAUUGUCAGCCCGCGUGUCAAUCGACGUGCUCUGACUCGUGUUCACAAAGACCGGCACCCCCGGUGGCGCCAGCUAGCCCGCAAAGCUCUUGCACAGCGGUGUGCCAACCAGAUUGCAAACCUGAGUGCAUACAGUCCUCCGUGCAACCACCCAGCUACUCAACCGGGCAAUCCUCAGCCUGCGUCUCUCAAUGUGCAAAAGGCUGUGAAGCGGGUUGUCCAGCCGCUGAUGUCCAUGUGUGUUCGCCUUCCUGUGCAGCCGCCUGUGAACAACAAUGUUACAAAAUCUCAGUGGGUCUCAUUCCGGACAAAUCGGCUCAAGUCUCGGCUGUUGCUGCUUCUUCCACUUCGCCAAGCGUGAUCAUUCCCCCGCUGCCUCAACAGCCUCAGCCACAGCCUCCGCCUCAGCCUCAGCCACAGCCUCAGCCUCAGCCUCAAUGCAUUGCCUCGUGCAUGCCUGCUUGUGAGCCUCAAUGUGUCUCACCUCCACAAUGCGUGCAAGCUUGCCAGCCAGCUUGCGAGAGCAACUGUAUUCAAAAGUUUACCGUCACUGUGCCUCCUGCUUGCCCACAGCAAUGCCAACCGGCUUGCGAGGCGAGCUGUGUCUCGGUGCAAGUCUCGGCGAAUACCCAGGUAGAGAGUGUGACUAAUGGACAGGGUAAUGCCCAGCCUAACCCACCAGACUUUCAAGCACAAGAAGCUUUACUAGUGAUCACUGAAGCUCCACAAUUACUCAUUGCACCGAGUGCCGAUGAUCCUGAGUUCACUAAUACUAAUGACACCGAGAUUGUAAAGACGAGAUCGGAGGAAGUGGAGAAAUCGAGUGAUUUGUUAUCGGAGAAAUAUUUGAGUCUAGUGAAUCAGUUGACAAAUCAGUUGAAGCUAUUCUUUUAUCCACCGCCAGCGAAACCAAAUGCGAAAGUGAUUUUCAAGACGACGAAAGGACCGGCUGCAGAGACGAGUACUCCCAAUUCGAAUAGUUUAAUCCAUUUACCUGACUACAUGAUGCAACCGGAUCCAUUAGAUUUAUUUAAUGACGAUGAGCUGGAAAACAAGACGACUGUAGCUGGGGAAACGAGUCUAAACGCCACUACUUCUACAGUACCCCUGGUUAACUCAACGGUGUCUGGGACUUUAAAUGGUGGAGCUUCUACAGUACUCCAAGUGAACUCAACUUUAGACUCUAUCCAAAAUGAAUCUACUAUCGUACCCUCGAGCUCAACUAGUGCUACCGUCCCUUCUGAGUCCCUAGAAAGCACUACGGUGCCCAUUGAUCUCACGACUUUUUCCCCGGAAACCCAUUGGGCUACGACAACAGCCAGAAGUCGUCCAUGGCCUAUCGUUUUCGCGUACGUGCCUGAUCAUGCGAAUCCAAUUCCUAAUAUCAUUCAUCAAUCACAAAUGAAUAUCUUCAAUGGAUUGACGAAUCCACUAAUGAAUGCUGUCAAUUAUGCUUCACACGAUCACCCGCCACUUGCACAAAAUCCAUUUGGAACGAUAGGGACGUUUAUAAGGCCUCAUCCAUCAUCCGCUUCUCAACUCAUCCCACCCCAAACACUUCCUAAAAGCCUUAACAAGAUGCCCUUCUCAUUGCCCUCUCCCGUGAGUGCUGUUGUUUCUUCUCCUCCUUCCCAAUCCUCCUCUUCCCCCGUUGCCAAUCCCUCUCCAUCUGUGCACACCGUGCAAAUCGGUGUCUCGAAUCAGCAACUCCUGUGUGCUGCUCCUUGCCUACCCGCCUGUCUCCCCGAUUGCUUGAUCUCGCUGCAAACAGGCAAUCAACAGAAAACCGUUCAGUCUCCGCAACCGGCAACAACCAAACAAUCGAUCUCGUCCGGGUGCGCUUGUCAGGACACUUGUGAACGAGGAUGCAUGCAGAGUCAGGCAAACGCUCAACAAUGCCACGUGCUGUGCAUCGAGGUUUGUGCUGAGGAGUGUGCUAAAGUGACCGUCUCGGUGCCGACACAGCCACAGCCUCAGGCUCAACCACAGCCAUCCGUUCAGCCUCAACAACCACCACCUGGUGUCUCAACGAACUCGAUUCACUCACCCGAUUUCCAAUCUCCUCAAUGUAUGCCCGCUUGUGAGUACUCAUGCAAUAUGCAAUGUGUCGAGCGAUUACCUCAAGAUCAUUGCGGAAACAUUUGCAGAGGCCAAUGCACGGUGGCUUGCGGCUCGGGACUUCAAGUGCAGCAAGCGGGAAAUCCAAUCAACUAUCAACAAGCAAAUCAGAAUAUGCUGGUGCAGGUUUCAAUCGAGUUGAGCACGUGUCUCUCGGUGUGUGAGCCGACUUGUCUCCGCGAUUGCGCGCAUGGGGAUCAAGGGCUGAAGUUGGCGUGUGCGCCGGCAUGUCGCGGAGUUUGCGAGCAAUCCUGCUCGAACACUGUGCUCCAACCAUUGAUGGAAACACAGGGCUCGAUCAAUUCGAUCAAUUCGAUCAAUUCUCAAGCCUCGUCAACAGUUUUCUCACGAAUACAUCCGUCCGAGCUCGUUCCAGAGAUGCAAAUCGCCGCCCCACCAGUGCAUGUUUCUGAGACUGCUCCAUCACAACAGGAAUGCGCACCGAAAUGUCAGAACGAUUGCGAGAAUCUUUGCCCCGUCAAAACGCCACAAUGUCAACAAGGCUGUUCUGUCUCGUGUGCCCAGUUGUGUGGCCGGGCGCCGAUGCCAGUCUCAUCCUUGGUUUCCGCCAACAAUCAGUACAAUUGCAAUGUGCCCUGUGAUGUACAGUGUACGCAAAAUUGCGUGAAUCAAGAACCUGUUUGUGCGACGACUUGUGCGACUCAAUGCGAAACGGCUUGUCCGACGGUGAGCUGCGAGGAUGCUUGUGAGACAGUUUGUCAAGGACAGUGCACUUUCUCCGGUCAGGACAGUCGAGCUUGUGCCCCGGCUUGUAAACAAUCGUGUCGAGCUCUGUGCGCAAAGCGACGCGUGAAACGAGCG